GCGGAAGACUCCAAGACGACCAAAAAAACGACCUGUGGAAGCCGCCCCCUGUACGCUAUGAUAUCGUCGCCAUCGCCGCCGUCAGGCACGAAACCCCGCACAUCUACGACGAUCCGAUUGCAAUUAGACCACAUCAAGAUAACGACGAAAAUGAAGAAGACAACGAUAGUGAUAUUGUUAAAGUUAUCCCUGAAAUCAAGCAGUACCCCACGUUUUCUCUGACUGCCGCAGACUGGGACUUCCGCAAUAAAUCCUUUUCGUGGCAUCUGCCCAACUCCAGGCUGCUGCGGACCAAGUCAGACGUCCGUUCGCCCAACCGAGGCUCUCCCAGGAAGCCCCUCAGGGUCGAGUCUCCGAAGCUGCCCAGUGAGGAGAGCCACGGGGAGAAAAAUGUCGGCGAGGUCGACAUCUCCGGCGUAAACGGUCCCGGGAGGAGGUCGAAGGCCUCGUCGAACGUGGAAUUCAGACUGAUCCUCGUUCCAGAAACCAGCAAGAUGCUCCAGGUCGCCCUCGAGCGAGACACGAGGCUUAUAUCUUAUCUGUCCAAAGACUCACCCUCGAACACCUUAUCGAGUCAGAAAUUCCCGACCAUCACAGAAGUGGACGACGAAAUGAAGUGCGUCAGCUCGGACGAAUGCUCCUCUCCUCUAAUCGACAUUGACGAAUCGACGCCGAUGAUCCCCACAAAACGACCAGAAUCCCCAGUUCUCUCAUCCUGCUUGAACAGCGUCGACGUCGGAGCUACGCGGAGGGUCACCUACGCCCUGAAGCCAAUACGGGAGCAUCCGGACGAGGGACUGGCGUCGGCCUUCGAGAACGACGACAGCGACUCGCCUCGCAGAGCGACGUCGCCGAAGCCCCAUGGCGACCUGGCUGCUCCAAGGUGCCUCCAGGGGUCUCCCUCGUGCCCAGCGCCCUCAAAACUCAUGCAAGAGCCGUACAGGAAGAGAGAUCUCAGACCCUCACAACGGCCCCUCGAGCCAGGGACGGGCAGAAGGGGAAGUCCUUCUCUACCUCUGGUGGGGAAGUUAGGGAGACGCCACGCAUUCAGACCCGUGGAUCGGCCCAGCCACGCCCCCCCAGCGCCGCCCGACAAGAGAAGAGCGGAGGAUCAGAUGGCCACUGAAUCCGCCGCCCCCAGCUCCUCGUCAGCGCUAAGAAAGCCCAAGCUCGGCGUCAUGCGAAGAGCGGCGUCAGACGAGCUAGAGAAACCCCGACCUCCCCCCCUGCCGAGGCCGUGAGGAGGUCGCCCUUCAGGAGGAAGUUUCAGGGUCAGAGGCUGAGGCCGCGGAGUGCGCAUGCGCCGAUGACGUCUGGGGCCGAGCACGUCCUCCAGUGUUGCCUCGAGGGCGAGGAGGAGGAGGUGCCCCGACGAGGUCUAUCGG